AUGAUGUUGUCCGCCUUCUUUUUCGCCCUAACGUUGCACCUGUGGCCAGCACUCUUUGUGCUUGGUGCAGGAAAUUCCAAUACCUGCAGUGAAGUGAACACUGCCAUUGCUGUCACCGUAGACCCACAGACGAAAGGGACCACAUUUAUGUGCGGCAAAGCCGUGUCGCAUAUCUGGCCGGCUGGUGACACCGAGGUCGCCACGUACUUCGGUGGAGACGACCUGAAGGCUCCAGUGAAGCUUGCAGAGACUUUCGGUGAAGGGUCGCGGCUCUCCGUCCAGAAGUCGGAAGAGGGACGAGACUCUGGCAGUCCCGUCACUGCCACGCUCAAGCUCGAACGCCUCCCCGAAACACAACAAAGCAUCUAUUUCGCCUGUGGCGCCAAGGACUAUGCUGCGGGGCAGGCAAGUGGUAGGAGGCUGACUGCUGAUGACGAGGCGACAGAAGAAACCGAGGCCAAUAGGGCUCUCAGAGGUAAAGAACCCUUUCGGAAGGACGAGGUGAACAAGAGGGAAGAGAGCGCUUUACGUGGUGAGCACGCAUCCAGCUCGCCAGCGGCAGUGCCUGUAGCCGGGAGUCCGCCUGGACCGCAUUCCGUACCCAUUGCGGCUGAAGGCAGUUUAGGGCACACCGGUGAUUUAGGAGGCAAAGCUGGUAACCAAAGCCUGAGGGAGGGUGGGGUGGUUAUCGGAGAAGAUUCAGCACUAGGCAAGCCGGAUAUCCAGGGGACCGAUGAAGAGAAACGGAAGGAUGCCACGGAACACAACAGCGAACAAACUCAGCCGCUCAUGGGACCUCUGGUACCGCAGCCUCCACCCCCUCACGAAGCCAAUCCCGGUGAUUCUGUCCCUGGCAAGCGAACUGUAAACCUGAAGAACACCACCUGCCUUGUCGCAGUUACAGUUCCUGCGGAAGCCAGCGCCUCCACUUGCACCGCUUCGAAGAAGAAUAUGGAGCUCGAUAUCAACAGCCAAACAAUGGACGUCAACUUCCAAUGCGGAUCAACUGUUCCUUCCCUCUCUCCUGCAAACACUGCGGAGACUGUGUACGAUGAAUCAUGCAAGAAGGAAGUGUCACUUGGAAAAGUCCUCCCUAGUGCGAAGCUGGAGCACGUGGACUCGGGCUACAAAUUCAGUGUUGAAAGACUGCCUCCGACCCUUACUACACUCUGCUACAAGUGCUCGCCAAAGUCGCCAAAUACAGUGAAGGAGGUGGAAGUGCCUGAGUGUACGGUCAAGAUCAACGUCGUAGGCGGAGAGUCGUCAACGGCGGCAGGUGGCUCUCUGCGACUUGCUACCUUUUUUGUUUGUCUGUCUAUCGCGGGCAUGCUCUACUUGUUCUAG